AUGAGUGAACUGUCUUUCUUGAAAGAGAUCAAAUCCCCUGUCGAGGCAUGGAAGAGUGUUUUGACAGGUAGUGAUUUAGCCGAGAAAUUAACAGAUUCUCAAAUAGAAAAAAUCAAACUCACCACAAAUUAUGUAUAUAAACAACCAGCUGAAAAGCGCUCUGCAAUUUUAAGCGAACUUGGCUGCCCUAAUGCAGAUGGAAUUGCUGAUCUUCUUAAAUCAUAUGAAGCAUUCCUCAAAGAAAAGUCAACAGAGCAUAAUCUUGUCGAUUUCGAUUGGUCUGCAUCAUUAAUUCUUGGUACAAGCAAAAUUUCAAACUUAAAAGAACCAAUUGUUACAUUUUCAUUCCAACUUAAAGAUGGAACUCAGCGUCAUGUUGAAUUUACUGCUGAUGAGGCUGAAGCUUUCUUAAAGCAACUCACAGCAGCACAAGAUGCAACAACUGCUCUUAUUCCAAAUUAA